AUGAGGUCUUUCUUCCCUGCAGAAUCAUCUAAGGAAGAAUACUCAAGUUCUCUUAAUCCUCAAUCAUGGCUUCAGGUUGAAAGAGGGAAGCUUCCCAAAUUGUCAUCGAUAGAAUCUCUAAUCAAAGUCCAGCAGCCGCCCGUGCUACCGUUCUUUAAACCUGUUGAUUAUGUUGAAGUUUUAGCGCAAAUCCAUGAAGAACUUGAGUCGUGUUCUUCACAGGAACAGUCGAAUCUGUUUCUGUUUCAAUAUCAGGUCUUUAAAGGCCUUGGAGAUGUUAAACUGAUGCAAAGAAGUCUCCGGGAAGCAUGGCGGAGGGCAGGUAAACGCCAAAACGAAUAUGGGCCGAUAGAUGUGCAAUCUCAUAUUUCUGAUAUAAAUGUAAGUUCCCAGGAGAAGGUCUUGAUGAAUGGGAACAACACUUCACCGUAUGUUGUUUUUACGAUAGGGGAUGAGAAGAUAGUGUGUGAUAGACAAAAGUUUUCUGAACUCUCGGCGCCAUUUCACACAAUGUUAAAUGGGGUUUUCUGUGAAUCGGUUUCGGAGGCUAUAGAUUUGUCUGAAAACAAUAUAUCUUCUUCGGGUAUGAGGGCAAUAAGUUAUUUCAGUAUGACUGAUAGUUUACUUGAACAACUCUCUCCGAAGCUUUUGUUGGAGAUAUUGGUUUUCGCCAACAAGUAUUGUUGCGAUAGAUUGAAAGACGCUUGUGAUAGAAGACUUGCAUUGUUAGUUACUUCGAAAGAAGAUGCUAUCGAACUCAUGGAAUAUGCUCUUGAUGAGAAUUCAACUGUCCUUGCAGCUUCUUGUUUACAAAUCCUUUUACGUGAUCUUCCCCACUGCUUGAGCGAUAGUCGGGUGGUGGAUUUAUUUCUUCACCCAAAUAAGCAGCAGUUGACAGUUAUGGUUGGUCCAGGUUUAUAUGCACUUUUCUGCUUCUUAAGCGAAGUUUCUAUGAACGUUAAUUCUAGUUCAGACACAACAGUUCAUUUUAUGGAAAGGUUAGCUGAUUUUGCUGAAAAUGACAAGGAAAGACUGUUGGCGUUUCAUCGAUUGGGAUGUGUAAGGCUCUUGCGAAAAGAAUACGACGAAGCUCGUUGCCUUUUUGAGAGAGCUGUAAAAGCAGGUCAUAUUUAUUCUGUUGCCGGUUUAGCUCGACUCAACUCUAUACAAGGCGAGGGGCAUAUAUCUUAUGAGAAGAUCAGCUCAGUCAUUUCUCCUGUCACUCGACUUGGAUGGAUGUACCAAGAAAGGUCACUAUAUUGUGAUGGUGAUUUGAGGUGGAAAGACCUUGAGAAAGCAACUGAACUGGACCCUACUCUUGUAUAUCCCUACAUGUAUAGGGCUGCGUCUUUAAUGUGGACAGAGAAUUCUCAGGGUGCACUUGCCGAAAUAAAUCGGAUACUUGGCUUCAAACUUUCGUUAGAAUGCUUGGAACUACGGUUUUUUAUCUAUCUGGCUCUCGAGGACUACAAAGCCGCCCUUCGCGAUGUUCAAGCAGUUCUUACUCUGUGUCCACAUUAUAGAAUGUUUGAGGGACGUGUAGCUGCAUCUCAACUCCGUACUCUUGUGCUUGAGCACGUUGAACAUUUGACGACGGCAGAUUGUUGGGCACAAUUAUAUGACUGUUGGUCUGCUGUUGAUGAUAUUGAGUCAUUAUCUGUUAUUUACCAGAUGCUGGAAUCUGAUGCGGCAAAAGGUGUUCUAUACUUUAGACAGUCAUUGCUUCUUCUAAGGCUAAACUGUCCCGAGGCUGCUAUGCGGAGUUUACAGUUAGCAUGGCAACAUGCAUCAAGUGAGCAUGAACGGCUUGUAUACGAGGGGUGGAUCUUGUAUGAUACUGGUCAUUAUGAGGAAGGGCUCCAAAAAGCUGAAGAGUCUAUUUGUAUUAAAAGGUCAUUCGAGGCCUUUUUCCUGAAGGCAUAUGCAUUGGCCGAUUCUGGUCUUGGUUCAAUAUGUUCUUCAACUGUUAUUUCACUUCUUGAAGAUGCAUUGAGGUGUCCUUCUGAUAAUCUGCGCAAAGGUCAGGUACGGUUUUUCUAUUGUACCACCUUCUGGAAACAUUUCACUAACCAACAACCAGUGACCACACAGGCCUUGAACAAUCUUGGAAGUGUUUUUGUGGAUCAUGAGAAACUGGACCAAGCAGCCGAUUGCUAUAUCAAAGCCCUAAAAAUCCAUCAUACGCGAGCCCAUCAGGGUCUUGCGCGUGUUCAUUUUCUUAAAAACGACAAGGCUGCUGCUUACAAGGAAAUGACUGAACUUAUUGAGAAGGCAAAAAGCAACGCGUCGGCGUAUGAGAAGAGAUCCGAGUACGGUGAUCGUGAUCUUACAAAGGCGGAUCUAGCAAUGGUCACUCGAUUAGAUCCACUUCGUGUGUAUCCUUAUCGAUAUCGAGCAGCAGUUUUGAUGGACAACCAUAAGGAACAGGAAGCCAUUGCCGAACUAUCACGAGCAAUUGCAUUUAAAGCUGAUUUGCACCUCUUACAUUUACGCGCAGCAUUCCAUGAACACAAAGGCGAUGUCCUAAGUGCGUUAAGGGACUGUCGUGCUGCACUCUCGGUGGAUCCAAACCACCAAGAAAUGUUGGAACUUCACACUCGUGUUAACAGCCACGAACCAUGA